AUGACAGCCAUAGCCAUCAUGGUCCUUGGGUUGGCUGGGCUUGUUGCCAAGUCGGAUGGUCGGGUUCACGGCCCCCAGCUGGAUCCCGAAACGGAUCUCGACUGCGGCGCACGGCAGCUGGCGUACCUUUAUGCCCAGAGGCUUCAACCGUGGCUUGCACCGCACCGCGAGGUCUUCGACGCUCUACAGCUGCACACGGUCUGCGGCCAAGUGCCUCCUGAAAGAGGAAGUGGCGGUGAGCAGCAAAGGGACCCAGAACCAGCUUCCUCGAAUACCCGUUUGGGUAUCUUCGUCAGCCCUGCUGGAGAUGACAAGGGAGGCACUGGUUCUGAGGCCAGGCCAUUUGCCUCCUUGCACCGGGCGCUGCAGGUGAGACGCUCUCAUCCAGAAGCCCGCAAGAUCAUUCUCCGCGGCGGCGUCCAUUUUCUUGGGUUGAACGGCACGGUGCAUCUCGGUCCUGGCGACUCCGAGCUCGAGAUUAGCAGCUAUCCCGGCGAGGAGGCAUGGCUGAGUGGCGGCAUACCUCUGAAGGAUGUAGCUUGGCAGAAGGUCACACACCCAUCGACCGGGAGGAGUGUUUGGCGCACGAAGAUGCCAAUGGGCCAUCAGAGCCACCAAAUCAGGAGCCUGUUCACCCUGGAGAGCCAUGCUCGACUCAACUGGGCACGCUACCCGAACAUGAAUGUUGAGACGGAUGCUUGGGGCUAUGGCAGUCCUGGUCGAGAUGAGCGGUACUUAACUCUGGAUCAUGUGGUUGAGUGGACAAAGCCUCCAGCCGGACAUCCCACAACAUCGACCGUCAUUGAUUUGACUGACCCAUCUAAUCCCACUGGCCACGUGAAGAAUGACUCUUCCAUGACUGCCUACAACGCGUUCAACGUCGGAAGCGGUGGCGUCUGCGACUCGGUGUGGGAUGGACCAUCCUAUUGGUGCGGCAAUUCCAGCGCAGGUGGCUGGGCUGAAGUCGACACUGCCGCGGCGAAGGCUGGAAAGCUCAACAUUCCACGUGGCAUGAAAUGGAACUCUUCACUGACCCGCCUGUCGAAAUGGAGCGAUCCCCGCGGAGCUUGGAUUCACGCAUGGCAUUCGCAGACGUGGGCGGUUCACAUGUUCGAGGUUUCUUCCUUCGACCCGACUUCAAACGUCAUGGGCUUUUCCCCAGGUGGUGGUUCGCAGGGUGGCCGGAACUGGUGCAGGUGUGAUGAGUGUCCCUAUGCUGGCGGCCUAUGGACAUCCAGUGGUAACUGGUGCGAUCGAAAGGAGGCGGCCCACCAAAACACUCGCAUAAUAGGAGGUAACUGGAUCGCCCAAGGCAUUUUUGAAGAGCUCGACGAGCCCGGAGAAUUCUGGUACAAUGCCUCUUCCGCAAAUCUAUGGGUCUGGCCGAAUACCACAGAUCCCAACCCACCACGAGACCUGGUGGUGCCAGUGCUUGAAACUCUUGUAGCAGUGCAGGGUGCCAAGAACGUAGCGUUCAGGAACGUUGGCUUUCGUGAUGCUGCGUCCACAAUCUACCGUCGAUGGGGCGUGCCGUCGGGCGGCGAUUGGGCUCUGCAUCGCAGUGCUGCGCUCUUUCUUGAGGGAACGGAGAACACAUCAGUGAGCAACUGCACGUUCAGGCGGCUGGAUGGAAACGCAGUCCUUCUCGCCGGCUACAAUCGGGGAUGCCUCAUCUCCAAGAGCCGCUUCCAGUGGAUUGGCCAGAAUGCGGCGGGAGCUUGGGGGGAUACCAAGAACGGUUGGGAUGGCACAACAGGCACCCAACCCCGGGGCACCGUUGUCGAAGACUCCAUCUUCCACGAUGUCGGGCUGUAUCAGAAGCAGUCGUCGGCUUGGUUCCAGGCGAAGACAGCCCAGACGACACUGAGAGGCAACAUCAUGUUCAAUCUGCCGCGGGCGGCGAUUAACUUCAAUGACGGCUUCGGAGGUGCCAACAUCGUUGCGAACAAUCUCAUGUUCAACACUUGUCGGGAAAGCGGGGAUCAUGGCCCGAUCAACACUUGGGAUCGCAUGCCUUUCUUGACCGACAUAAGGAGCGGCAUGCAGAAUCCUUCAUUCCAGCCAGCACUGAACGAAGUCAGGGACAACUUCAUCUUCGCGAACUACGGUGCCUCGCAAGGUAUCGACAAUGACGAUGGGUCCAGUUUCUGGUGGAUCCAUGACAACGUCUUCUACGACGCCGACGGGUUCAAAAUGGAUUACGGAGGCCACGGAAGCACGUUCGAGAGUAAUCUGGUGUUCAGCAAGAGGGGCGGCGGUCAGUGCAUUGGCACAGGAGACUUUCUCAAAGGGCUUGGGGACAUCUUCCGGAACAAUACCUGCUGGAUCCGUGGCCCUGGAAAGAAAGACGACGUUGUGGGCUCCACAAGUUGCGACCCGGCAGUCAUGAACCUCGACGACAACAUCUUCGGCACCACGAUGGGCACGGCCAGGAUGAGCUGUGGCUCUCGUCACAUUGCGAUCAAGGAGCUCGUCAAAGCCACAGGGGUUGGGAAAGGAUCUGUGGCCCAGAAGUUGCCAUCAGCCGAACACCUCUUGGAGCAGCUUGCGGUGUGGCUGCGAUUGCCAGUGCCUCCAAGCCGUGCACGCGCGGAAGGGCAAGCGGCCCUGUACGUUUGA